AUGAGUUUCUCCAGGUUCCUAGUUUUUCUUUCCCUCGUGCAUGGUUCAUUACAGUCACUGGAUACCUUUACAUUACAAGGAAAUGCCAAUGGACAGCCAUGUGUAUUCCCUUUCAAAUAUGAAGGCAAACAGUACAAUGAGUGCACAGAUGCUGGUAGGUCAGAUGGCUGGCUCUGGUGUGCGACAACUGCAGACUUUGAUGCUGAUAAACUGUAUGGAUUUUGCCCACUAAUAAAUGACACAGAAAGAUUUUGGACAGAAGAUGUUUCAACUGGCAUUCACUAUCAGAUAAACUCAGAAUCAGCUCUAAUGUGGCACCAAGCAAGGAAAAGCUGUCAGCAGCAAAAUGCAGAACUAUUAAGCAUCACAGAGAUUCAUGAGCAAGCAUAUAUCGGAGAGCUAACUAAAAAAUUCAGUUUUGCAUUUUGGAUCGGAUUGAACGCUUUGAAUUUCAACAGUGGAUGGCAAUGGGCUGGGGGCAGCCCUUUCAGAUAUUUAAACUGGGCUCCAGGAAGUCCUUUCCUGCUCCCUGGGAAAAUCUGUGGAGUGAUGAAUCCCAGAAAGAAUGCUAAAUGGGAAAACCAAGCAUGUAACCACAGACUCGGCUACAUUUGUAAAAAGAGAAGCUUCAGUUCAAAGUCUGACAUUAUACCCAAAGAGGAAUUGAAACCUAUUAAGUGCACAGAUGGUUGGUGGCCAUAUGCAGGCCACUGCUACAGCAUUCAGCGAGAACCCAAAUUAUGGAAAGAUGCCCUGACUUCAUGUAAGAAGCAAGAUGGAGAUUUGGCAAGUGUCCACAACAUUGCUGAAUACAGCUUUCUAGUGUCACAGCUUGAUUACAAGCCGACAGAAGAGCUAUGGCUGGGUCUGAACGACCUGAAGGCUCACUUCUAUUUCGAGUGGAGUGACGGGACUCCUGUGAUGUUCACCAAAUGGCAGCGCAGGCAUCCCACCUACACAAAUGGUCUGGAGGACUGCGUUGUUAUGAAGGGGCAGGAUGGAUACUGGGCAACUGAUGUUUGUGAUAAGCAACUUGGUUACAUCUGUAAAAAGAAGCCUUCAUCACAAUCCUUUGAAAAAGAGACAAUCGAGGACGCAGGCUGCCAGAAAGGUUGGAAAAGAUACGGUUUUCACUGUUACUUGGUGGGCUCUGCACUUUUGACGUUCUCAGAAGCAAAUAAAACAUGUGAACAGAGCAAAGCUUAUCUAGCUACGGUGGAAAGCAGAAAUGAGCAAGCCUUUCUGAUUAGUCUGACGGGGCUGAGGUCUGAAAAAUAUUUCUGGAUUGGUCUCUCCGACACAGAAGAACGAGGGAGUUUCAAGUGGACCAGUGGUGAAACUCCUCUCCUCACACACUGGAACACAGCAAUGCCAGGAAAAGAGCAUGGCUGUGUUGCCAUGGGAACUGGAAUUGCAACUGGAUUAUGGGAUGUUAUUAGCUGUGAGAAGACAGCAAAUUAUCUUUGCAAACAGCGGGCAGCAGGAGUGCCUCCUCCUGCUCCUCCAGUACAGGUCCGUGCAGCCGCCUGUGCCGAAGGCUGGGACGGAGCCUUGCAGGCAGACUCGUGCUUCAAAUUUUUUGUGAGAGAGGGAAACCAAAAGAAGUCUUGGUUUGAGGCUGAAGAAUUCUGUAGAGAAACAGGAGGAAAUCUGGUCACAAUCAAUACAAGAGAAGAUCAAAUUUUAUUGUGGCAAUUAGCAUCGGAUAAAGGACUGCACACUCAGGCUUUCUGGAUCGGUUUGUUUCUCUUAAAUCCUGAUGAAGGAUUUGCCUGGAUUGAUGGUUCCCCUGUAAUUUAUGAGAACUGGGAUGAAGAUGAACCCAACAACCAUGAAGAAAUUGAACACUGUGUUAUGUUUAAUAGAUCACCCCAAAUGCGCUGGAAUGACUUGCGCUGUGAACAUUUACUUAAUUGGAUUUGUGAAACAAAAAAAGGUACACUGCUAAAACCAGAACCGAACUACAAACUUGAAUAUCAAGCCACCAAUGAUGGAUGGAUUAUAUAUGAAGAUAAGCAGUACUAUUUCAGCAAAGAACAUGUCCAUAUGGAGGAAGCACGGAGAAUUUGCCAGAAGAACUUUGCAGAUCUUGUUGUCAUUGAGAAUGAAAGCAAAAGACAAUUUCUAUGGAAAUACAUUUACACAAAACUCAGAGCAGAAUCAUAUUUCAUUGGCUUAGUUGUCAGCUUUGAUCAGAAAUUCAGCUGGCUGGAUGAGACCCCAGUGAACUACGUUGCCUGGGCUCCAAACGAACCCAAUUUUGCGAAUAAUGAUGAAAACUGUGUGAUAAUGUCAAAAGAUUUUGGCUUUUGGAAAGAUGUAAGCUGUGCUGUGAAAAAUGCGUUCAUCUGCGAAAGGCACAAUUCAACUUAUUCAGGAUUUGCUCCUACUGUACUUCCACCUCUGGGAGGAUGUCCUGAAACUUGGCUUUUGUUUAACAAUAAGUGUUAUAAAAUAUUUGGAUCCAGAGAAGAAGAGAGACUGACUUGGCACUCUGCAAGAAGUGCUUGUAUAGAAUUAGGGGGAAAUUUGGCCUCUAUACACAAUGAGCAAGUGCAAGCCUUCUUCACCUUCCACCUAAAGGAUGUUGCCAAUGAAAUGUGGAUCGGACUGAAUGACAUUAACAGUGAGGGUACAUAUCUUUGGACAGAUGGAAGCUUUUUUGACUAUUCAAAGUGGGCGAGACAAUUCCCAUUUAGAGAUAAAUACAUAGAAGUUGACUGGAAGUAUAUUACAAUACAGACUGACUGUAUUGCAAUGACGAAAAGAUCUGUAGAUGAACCAGGGUACUGGGAAAACACUGACUGCCAGCAUAACAAAAGCUAUAUUUGCCAGAUGGACAGCAAGCCUGAACUGUUUCAUUCCACAACUGCUCCAGAUUCUGAUUUCAUCCAUUAUGGUAACAGCAGCUAUUUAAUCAUUCCUUCUAAAAUGAAUUGGGAAGAAGCAAGAAAAGCCUGCAAGGAGAAAUCUUCAGAGCUCGCCAGCAUUUUUGAUUAUUACAGUAAUAUAUUCCUGCUGCUGCAGGCAGCACAAUAUGGAGAGCCCUUAUGGAUUGGGCUCAACAGCAAUGUGAGUUAUGGCUAUUACAGAUGGACCGAUAAAAGGAAAAUAAACUUUUCUAAGUGGUACUACGGGGAACCAAAACAGAAAAUAGCCUGCGUCUAUCUAGAGCUCCGUGGGACCUGGAAAACAGCACCUUGUAAUGAAAAACAUUUACCUGCCUGCAAAAAAUCUGAGGACGUACUUCCUUCUGAUCCCCCACAGGAUAUUGGAAAGUGUCCUGAAUCUGAUCACAUAUCUUGGAUUCCUUUCCGAAGCCACUGCUAUAACUUCAAUGCCAAUGAAAUGAGCUGGGCUCAGUCUGUGACUCAGUGCGUUCAAUCAGGUGGUACAUUGGCUUCUGUAGAAGAUCUGGCUGAAUCAAACUUUUUAGUAGAGCAUGCAGACUUAUACACAAGCAAGACAAGUGGCUUUUGGAUAGGAAUAUACAGAAAUGUAAAUGGGCAGCUGCUUUGGCAAGACAACAGUGCCUUAAACUUUGUCAACUGGGGUAAAGGACAGCCCUCAGAGGACCAGUUUGAUUACUGCGUGGAGUUGUCUGCAUUCUCCGGCUACUGGAGUAGCCUUCCUUGCUCUUCCCAAAAGGGUUUUAUUUGUAAGAAACCAAAGACUAUUCUUAAAGCAGCUGCAAAUAUGGAAGAUGCCAAAAAGGACAAAGCACAUGGUCACAUGAAUAUGUGGAUACUACUUACUCUGGUCCUCAUCAUUUCCUUAGGGAUGUGCUUCAUGAUUUAUUUCUUAUUCAAGAUCAAAACUCAAAGUGAGACUGAAAGAGAGGUGAGGCAGUGCAGGACACUGCUAGAAUACCGCUGUGUCCUAACUGGAAGGGAGGAUGAAAAUGAUUCUACCAACGACAAAGAAAAAAAUGAACACAGUGUUGUCUAA